CCUACCCAUAUGGUCAUACGCCUUCGGAAUCUUCACACUCUCUCCCACUACUCUCUCCUCUUCUAUCCUAUCAUCUCUCCCUUCUGAUGAAUCCUGCUGUCUCCUGAUUCUGCCUCUUCGACCCUACCUUCCUCCCUUUCCGCAUCCUAUGACCUGCACUGUCCCCUUUCCUCCCGUCCGGGUCGGCCCUCCCCCUCCUGCUCCAUGGCUGAGUGACUCACUCUAUUUUCUCUUCCUCUGUAUCCACUGCUAAAGCUGCAUUCUACCACUCUAAAUUUCAAGCUUCUGCCUCUAACCCUAGGAAACUCUUUUCCACUUUCUCCUCCCUAUUUAAUCCUCCACCCCCUCCCUCUCUGUGAACGACUUUGUCAACCACUUUGAAAAAAAGGUUGACAUCCGCUACUCAUUCACUCAGCCUAUUGAGUCCACUGGUCUCACUCUCACAUAACUACCCUAUGCAUUGAACUCUUUCUCCCCUCUCUCUCCAGAUGACAUCCUGUGACUAGUGAGGUCUGGCUGCCCAGCAACCUUCCGGCUUGACCCCACCCCCUCCUUCCUUCCCCAGACCAACUCUGGAGACCUUCUCCCAUUCCUGACUUCCCUCAUCCUUGACCCUAACCAGUCAGGCUUCAAGAUGGGUCACUCAACCGAGACUGCUCUUUUGUGUCACGGUGGCUCGCCGCACUGCCAAAGCUGACUCUCUCCUCUGUUCUCAUCCUCCUAGAUCUAUCCACUACUUUCAACACCAUGAACCAUCAGAUCCUCCUCUCCACCCUCUCAGGGCUGGGCAUCUCAGGUGCUGCACUCUUGGAUUGCGGCACAAUUGAGGAUAUGUGUCUGCACCACAUACUCUCACUACUGGUGUCCCCCAGGGCUUGGAUCUAGACCUUCUUCUCUCUAUACACCUAGUCACUUGGCUCCGUCAUAUCAUCACGUCUCUCCUAUCAUUGCUAUGCGGAUUACACUCAACUACUUUUCACCUUCCCCCCUUCUGACACCCAGGUGACGACGCGCUUUUCUGCGUGCCUUGCAGUUAUCUUAACUUGGAUCUUGGCCCACCACCUCAAGCUCAAUCGCGACAAGAUGGAACUGCUUUUCCUCCCGGGGCAGGCCUGCCCGCUCAAAGACCUCUCCAUCACCAUUGACAACUCGUGUCGCCCUCCCAGUGCAAAGAACCUAGGUGUGACCCUGGACAACACCCUGUCAUUCUCUGCAAACAUCAAAUCAGUGACACGCUCCUGCAGGUUCAUGCUCUACAACAUCCGAGUACAACCCUACCUCACACAGGAAGAGGCGCAUGUCCUAAUCCAGACACUUGUACUCUCCCGUCUGGACUACUGCAACUUGCUGUUGGCUGGGCUCCCUGAUUAUGCCCUCAAACCCCUGAAAUUGAUCAAGAACUCUGCAGCCUGCCUAGUUUCAAACUUACUAAGUUCUCAUGUCACCCCGCUCUUCCGCACACUCCACUGGCUUCCAGUCGAAGCUCGCAUCCACUACAACACCAUGGCACUUACCUACAGAACAGAUGGAACCGCACUUCCCUACCUCCAAACUAUGCUCAAACCCUUCACCCCAACCCGAGCACUCCGUUAUGCCACCUUCGGUCUCUUGGCCCUCCAAGGGCAGUUCCCGCUCAGCCCAGUCCAUGCUCUUCUCUGUCCUGACACCCCAAUGGUGGAACCAGCUUCCCCCUGAAG